AUGGCACGCGGUCUAGGGCCAACUCUACAACACUACUCGUCAUCUACAAGCGGCGCUUUUCUUGUCAAAGAGGUAGAACAUGUUCAGAGCGACCAGGUCGAAAGACGUCUUUUAAAGCAGCGCUUCAACGUAUGGAGCGUCAUUGGCAUCAACUUUUCCCUCACGGCCACGCCCCUCGGAAUCGGGAGCUACCUCGUCUUUACCGUGGGCGUCGGCGGGCCGCCCUUUUUCAUCUACGCCUACGCAUUUGCCGUUGUGAUGCAGCUCAUGGUUUGCUUGAGUCUAGCUGAGAUGGCGGCGUCUCUGCCUCAUGUGUCUGGGCAAAUAUUCUGGGCAGCGGCUUUCGCACCACCAAAAUCCGCACGUCUGCUUAGCUACUGGGCCGGAGCUCUUACCGUCAUGUCCUGGACUUUUGCCACGGGCGGCUGCUUCGUCCUCGCGGCCAAAAUGGUCGCCGCUUUUGCUGUACUGGUAGCAACCGGAUACCAAAUACAGCCAUACCACAUCUUCUUACUCGCACUCGCGGCAGCAAUCCUCUCUCUCGCCUUCAACAUUUGGUUGUUCCAGUGGGUGCCCAAGGUUGCCUGUUUCUUGAUCGUCUUCAUCAAUGUCGGCACCGUCUUCAUCCUGGUGGCGCUGCUGGUACGGACCCAGCACAAGGCAGCAGCCUCGUCCGUCUUUACAAAUAUUGUGAAUGAAACCGGAUGGUCCUCGAACGCACUCGUGUUUUGCCUCAAUAUUCUGCCAGGCUCCCUCUCAGUCUGCGCGUUUGACACGGCCGCCCACAUGGCGGAAGAGAUGCCGCGGCCGCAGCGGCACAUACCGCAGGUCAUGGUUUACACGGCCAUGCUCAGUGCUGUAGGCGGCUUAAUCAUGGCUAUUGUGUACCAGUUUUGCACGACCGACCCAGUAGCAUUGCUGAACCCCAUAGGCGGCCAGCCGAUCUUUCAGCUGCUGCUCGACUCGCUGCGGUCGCGACCGUUGGUCAUCUUGGCCGCCAUCGUCUACUGUACAGUAGUCGUUGUUGGUUGCAUCUUUUUUGUGACAACUCUGAGUCGCAUUAUCUGGUCCUUCUCAAGUCAUGGCGGAACCUGCUUUGGUACUACUCUCGGCGCUGUUGACCCAACCUUUGGCCUUCCCGUCAAUGCCGUCUACGCGACUACUGCGGUCACAAGCCUGGUUUGUGUGUUAGAGCUUGGCCCCAACUUUGUCAUGAAUGCAUUGUUUGGCGCAUCUGGAGUCUGUGCUGCGUGGUCAUUCAGCAUACCGAUUUGGUGUCUACUUUUCGCGCAGGGCGGGCGCCAACGACUGGCAUCGAACCGGCCAUUUUCAAUGAAACGAAUGGGGUUUAUCGUGAAUAUAGUUGCUGCAGCUUGGGAGAUUUUCCAAUCGUUAUUUUUGGCAUUCCCCGUUUACUACCCUGUUACAGCGGCGAAUAUGAAUUGGGUAGUUGUGGUAUUGAUUGCUGGAGUCGCUGUUUUUGGACUUAACUGGUAUUGCUUUGCGCGCCAUUACUACCAAACGCCAAAAGCAAUGUUUGUAGAAGCAGAUGAAACUGCUAACGCAUCUUAA